CCCCCCCCCACCUACCCAGGAAGUCUAUAUAAGCAGGGAAGUGCGAGGGCUCGGGAGAGAGGAGACGGAGCCAGGGAAUCAACCUCCAAGGGCCAGGGAUCUGAGCGGAGGCUCGGGGCGCUAGGCACGGGGAUCAGGGCGAAGGAUCGCGCUAGGCCGGGGAUCAGGGCGGAGGCUCGGGGCGCUAGGCCGGGGAUCAGGGGCGCUAGGCCGGGGCUCGGAGCGGAGGCUCGGGGCGCCAUGGGGAACAGUAAAAGCGGGGCGCUGUCCAAGGAGAUUCUGGAGGACCUGAAGCUCAACACCAAGUACUCGGAGGACGAGCUGUGCAAGUGGUACGAAAGCUUCCAGAAGCAGUGCCCGGACGGGCGCAUCAGCCGGGCCGAGUUCGAGAAGAUCUACGGCAACUUCUUCCCCAACUCGGACCCCAAGGUCUACGCCCGGCACGUCUUCCGCAGCUUCGACACCAACGACGACGGGACGCUGGACUUCCGGGAGUACAUCAUCGCCCUGCACCUCACCUCCUCCGGCAAGACCAACCUCAAGCUGGAGUGGGCCUUCUCCCUCUUCGACGUCGACCGCAACGGCGAGAUCAGCAAGAGCGAGGUGCUGGAGAUCAUCACGGUGAGUCCGGGGCAAGGGGUGUGUGCUGUGAGCUUCCUCGCUGCAGUGCCCUGAGGGAGUGCUGUGAGCCUCCUCACGGCAGUGCCCUGAGGGAGUGCUGCAAGCUUCCCCACAGCA